AUGAAGUCCGUGCUGUUCAGCCGCUUCUUCAUCCUCCUGCCCUGGAUCCUAAUCGUCAUCAUCAUGCUCGACGUGGACACGCGCAGGCCAGCGCCCCCGCUCACCCCGCGCCCUUACUUUUCUCCCUACGUGGUGGGCCGCGGGGGCGCCCGACUCCCGCUGCGCAGGGGCGGCCCCGACAGCGGGCCCGGGCGCGGCUGGGAGAAGCGCAACGAGUCGCGGCCACACGCACGGCCGCGGCCGGAGCCGCCGCUGCCCACCAUCUAUGCCAUCACGCCCACCUACAGCCGCCCGGUGCAGAAAGCCGAGCUGACCCGCCUGGCCAACACCUUCCGCCAGGUGGCGCAGCUGCACUGGAUCCUGGUGGAGGACGCGGCGGCGCGCAGCGAGCUGGUGAGCCGCUUCCUGGCGCGGGCCGGGCUGCCCAGCACGCACCUGCACGUGCCCACACCGCGGCGCUACAAGAGGCCCGGGCUGCCGCGCGCCACCGAGCAGCGCAACGCCGGGCUCGCCUGGCUGCGCCAGAGGCACCAGCACCAGCACCAGCGCGCGCAGCCCGGGGUGCUCUUCUUCGCCGACGACGACAACACCUACAGCCUGGAGCUGUUCCAGGAGAUGCGAACUACCCGCAAAGUCUCCGUGUGGCCGGUGGGCCUGGUCGGCGGGCGGCGCUAUGAACGUCCGCUGGUGGAGAACGGCAAGGUCGUGGGCUGGUACACUGGCUGGAGAGCAGACAGGCCCUUUGCCAUCGACAUGGCAGGAUUUGCUGUAAGUCUUCAAGUCAUCUUGUCCAAUCCAAAAGCCGUAUUUAAGCGUCGUGGAUCCCAGCCAGGGAUGCAAGAAUCUGAUUUUCUAAAACAGAUAACAACAGUUGAAGAACUGGAACCAAAAGCAAAUAACUGCACCAAGGUUCUCGUGUGGCACACGCGGACAGAGAAGGUUAAUCUAGCCAACGAGCCAAAGUACCACCUGGACACAGUGAAAAUUGAGGUAUAAACUGAACUGAAGCAGCAGCUGGUGCAGUCUGCCUCGCUAGUGGAUGUGGAAGAGGAGUUCGGAGGUUAGGCUGCAGAACAUUCAGGUAUUGUUCACUUCAGUAGGACAGCCUUUAUUGUCAGCUGAUGGACAUCUGUUUAAACAGAGCCUAUCAGUUCAUACAGCUGAUGGGAUUGGUAUAAAGUCUAUGUUUUUGUCUUUGUUCUGCAUGUUUUUCCUACAACUAAACUGGAAGUUCUUUGUACAGUACAACUAGUGACACUGCAGGAUACCGUUGUGAGUAUCUUAUGUACUUUUUUUUUUUUUUUCCCAUUUGGCCUUAUAAUUGGUAGA